AUGUUGUAAUUUCGUCAUUUAAUGUAAUGAUAUCAUUGAUUAAUAAGCCUCUUUAUAAGAGAAUAUGUCAUCAAAAUCAAAAACUAAUUAUUUGGUCAAUCCUAUAUUUCAAUGCCAUUUUAAGUCCAAAAUUCAUGUGUUGAAGGACAACAUCCUCUAUCCUAAAUUUAGCCUAUUAGAAUAAGCAAAUCAAGAAUUUUAUUAGCAGUAUCAAUAUUUAUUAGUUAGAUUAUAUUAUCUAUUUCAACAGCAUUUUUAUUUGCUUUGGCCUUAAAAUACUUCAAAAAGCUAUAUUAAUUAUUUCUGUUCAUUGAAUGCUCUGAUGAAUCUAUCGCAACUCAUUAUAGAAUAGUAGCAAAUUCAGGAGAAGAAUUUGUUUGUAAAAAAAAAAUGAUGUAUGAUAAACCUUAUUUCGUAUUUAAGUAUUCUCUAUUCAAAUAUAUAGAAUGCUUAAGUAUUCAUUUAAUGCUUCAACUUAAUUUUAUUAACCAAUUGAAUUUGAAACAAAGUGUAAAACUUUGGCUGAAAUUAUUAAUUUAAGUUCAAAACAAACUAGAGAACAAAAGAUUAAGUAUUUUGGAACAUGUUAACUUAAAAUACCAAUAGAAUCAAUAUUCAUAUAUUCAUUACAUGCAUUUACAGGUCCAUUUAAUAUUUUAUAAUAUUUUGCUGUUGCCAUCUGGUUUGCAGAAAAAACAGUACUUUAACCAGUUCUGAUCUUGAUUUUCACAGUAUUAACAGUCUAUCUGAAUUACUUUUUAUAUGUAAGAUCAAGAAGAAGACUAUAAUAAUUAGCAAAUAUUCAUUAAGACGUAACAAUUAAAGAAGCAGAUUAAUUUAAACUUAUCAAUGGAGCUGAUCUUGUACCAGGUGAUUUACUUAUACUUAAAGAAAAUUAAACAUUAAAUUGUGAUUGUGCUAUUAUAUCUGGUGAUGUUAUUGUAAAUGAAGCUACUUUAACAGGUGAAGGUAUACCUAUUCCAAAAAGUGCAUUACCAAAUCAAAAUUCUAUAUUUGAACUUGAAAAAAUGUCUUAACAUUGUUUAUUUGAAGGAACUAAAUUGAUUUAAGUUAAUAAUACUUAAGAAAAUGUUGCUAUUGUACUUAGAACAGGUUUUACAUCUUUAAGAGGAUAAUAUUUUAGAAAUGUACUUUUCCCUGAACCUCCAUCAAUGAGAUUUUAUAUCUAAGCUGCAAAAUUCAUUAUUGAAAUAGCAUUUAUUAUUUCUAUUGUAUAUGGAUUCCUAUUGAUAUAAUAUAUACCAAUGGAAUUCAAAUCAAGUAUUUUAGUUUUAAGAUUCUUGGAUAAUAUUGUUUGGUCAAUUCCACCAUCAAUGCCUAUUUUCUUUUAAAUUUGUAAAACUGCUAGUUUGGUUAGACUUGAAGCCAAAGGAGUUAUUGGAAAUAAUGCUGAUAAAGUAGAAUCAGCUGGAAGAAUAGAUACUUGUUGUUUUGAUAAAACAGGUACACUUACUACUUUGGGAUUCAAAGCAAUUAAAGCAUUUCCAGAAGAAGAAAAGCCAAUUUUGGAUGCCAUUAUGGGUUGUUGUCAUCAUUUAAUAAAAUUAAACGGUUAAUUAUUAGGAGAUCCUUUAGAAAUUGAAAUGCUUAAUUUUGUUGGUUGGUAAUGUAAUUUUCAUAAUAAUCCUGUAACUAUUGAGGGAAAUGGAAAAAUCUAUACAAUUCAUAAAAUAUUUGACUUUAGUUCAUAAAAAUCUAUGAUGAGUGUUAUUGUAACUGAUGGAUCUAAAUAUUAUUUAUAUGCAAAAGGUUCUCCUGAAUCAAUUAAUUCAAUUUCAAUUAAAAAAAGAGAUGAUUUAAUUGAAGAAUUUAAUUUAAAUGCUAUAAAAGGAUAUAGAGUUUUAGGAUUAGCAUAUAAAGAAUUAUAAUAAAAUUAAAUUGAUUAAUAAAGAGAAUAAUUAGAAUAAUAAUUAAAUUUUGUUGGUCUUUUAGUUAUGGAAAAUCCAUUGAAAUCAGAUACAUUUGAUAUUAUUACAACUUUAAAAGAAACAGGAUUAGAUAUAAAAGUAAUAUCAGGUGAUAAUCCUUUAACAACUAUUUAAUGUGCAAAAUUAGCUGGUAUUGUUAAUUAAGAUAAUGAAAUUACAUUUUUAGAUUAUAAUUAAUCAAAUUAAGAAAUUAUACUUUAAUUUAAUAACAAUUAAUAAAUUAUAAAGGAAUCAUAACCAAAUAGUAUUUAAGAAUUAGAAAAACUUUUAAGUACUCAAUAAGAAUUAGCAUUAACAGGUAAGUUUUUAGAAUAUAUGUUUAAUAAAGGUAAUUUUUUAAUUGAAUCUAAAAAUUCAUAAAAUAGUUUUGGUAAAUAAUAAAGUAAAGAAAAGAUAUUUACUGAAAUUAAUUAAAUUGAUAUUGAUGAUGGAUCUUUUGCAUAAAUUGCAAUUUCUAUUAUUAAAAAAACAAAAGUAUUUGCUCGUUAAAAACCUGAAUAAAAGAAAUUGAUUAUAUAAAUAAUAUAAAGUUUUGGAAGAUAAGUAUUAAUGUGUGGAGAUGGAGCUAAUGAUUGUGUAAUUAUUUUUAUUUUAUUUAAUUUUAGUCAGCUAUUUCAUAAGCAUAAGUUGGAAUAUCAUUUAGUGAAGCUGAUGCAUCAUAUACAGCUCCUUUUAGUAGUAAAUCUACAUCAUUAGAUUGUGUUGUUAAAGUAUUAUUAUAAGGCAAAGCAGCUACUAUGACUAUUAUUGAAGUGUUUUAAUAUUAAAUUAGUGUUAAUACUUUAAAAUUCAUAGCUGUACUUUUUACAUUUUUAGAAGCUGAAACAUUUGCAGAUUUUUAAUUUACUUAUACAUCUAUUAUAUCAAAUAUUCCUUUAUUGAUAUUUUUAUGUUUAUCUGGUCCAUGUGAUACUUUAGCAAAAUAUAAUCCAUUAGAUGAUUAAUUUGCUAUUUAUAAUUAAAUUUAAAUUUAUAAUAAUUUAAUUUGGGGAGCAGCAGGGUAUAAUAAUAUAUUAUUAUUUUUAGAUUGAUUGUUAAUUUUUUUAUUUCAUAAGCAGUUAGAGAUGUUCAUACAUGUGAAAUAGAUGAACCAAUUAUUAAUUGUAUACCAAAACCAAUUGAUGAAUUAAAAAAAUCUGGAGAUAUACAAUCUGUAAUGUUUAUGAGUUUAAUGUUCUUCUUUAUGACAUUUGCCAUUAAUCUUUACAUUUCCAAUCCUUUCAAAUAAAGAUAUUUUAGAAACUAUUUAUUACUUUUAUGGACAUUAUUAGGUUUCAUUUUAUUCUUUGUUUCAGCUAUAUUUCCAAAAGGAGGAAAAUGGGCAAAAUUGAUUAAUGUCAAUGAUAAUGCGUAAUCAUAUUUAUAUUUAUAUUUAUAGUUUCUAAGGUUAUAAUUGGAUAAUGAUAGCUGUUGUUGUAAUAGCCUCCUUAUUUGGAUUCAUUACUUAAGCUAUUUUAUAGAAAUAUCUUCCUUCAAAAAAGAAAAUAGAAUUUUGA